GCUUUCCCUGGGAGGUGGAGUAUCGGUUAACCCCUGCGUGUCCGGGCGGCCUGGAGCUCCGCGGGCCGGAACCCACGAGUUGGGGCGCCCCAGCCACACCCCUCGUAGGAUUUAAAGGGGAAGGUGGGGCCGGACGGGCUGAAGCCCGAGCCGAGGGAGCGGGCAUGAGGCGCUGCCCGUGCCGGGGGAGCCUGAGCGAGGCGGAGGCCGGAGCACUGCCCGCCGGGGCCCGCAUGGGGCUGGAGGCGCUGCGAGGUGGGCGGCGGCGACAGCCGGGACUGCAGCGACCUGGGCCGGGAGCGGGUGGCCCGACGGGACGGUCCGAGAGGGGCGGGCCUCAGGCCUGGACUGAGGGGUCCAGCCUGCACUCUGAGGCGGAGAGAACCGACCUCGGGCCUGUGAGGUGUCCGGAUGAUCCACAGGCAGAAUCUUGUGGAGAUGGGCACGCGGUGUGCGAAGCAGCUGGCCUAGGAGCAGAGUCGGAGAAGCCCAGCCAAAAUAAGGAGCUAGACGGGUCCAACCUCCAGACACAUCCAGAAAGGAACAGCCCCGGGGUAGAGAUGGAGAUGGCCGGUUCCUGGACAGAUGGCUUUCGAACUGAUCCUCAUAAAUCCGACCUCCAGUCUCAGCCAAAGAGAGCCAGCCUCUGUAUCCAACCAGGGCUUGAUGAGUCCUGGACCGGACUGGAAAGACUCGAGCUGUGGCAGACUCUGCCAGAGAGGGACAAGCCCUGGGUUGAUCACCUCCGGACCCACCACAGCACGUCCAAACUCCAAACUCACCCAGACGGAGGCUGCCCCUCACCAGAACCAAGGGCUGAUGGCCCCUGCAAAGAAUCAUCCGCGCAUGGUUCCAGGACACCACAUAACACUGACGGCUCCUGGACAGACUCCCAAACUCAUGGCUCCCUCAUACGGCAGAGUUCUCAGACAGCCUGGAAAGAGCCUGGAAGUAAUGGUUUUUCAACACAAGACACUGAUGGUGCCUGGAUUCAACCUGGCAUUGAUGGUCCCUGGGCUGACAGCGUUUUGGGGGAGUCCAAUGGAGAUGAUCCAUUAGAGGAACCAGAGCCUGGGGAGUUGGUGACUAACCUGUGCUCCCACCUGGAGUGCAGCUCCCUGUGUCCUGUACCCCGCCUCAUCAUCACCCCUGAGACUCCUGAGCCUGAGGCCCAACCCGUGGGACCCCCAUCCCGGAUUGAGGGGGGCACUGGCGGCUUCUCCUCUGCCUCCUCUUUUGAUGAAUCUGAGGAUGACUUGGUAGCUGGGGGCGGAGGUACCAGCGAUCCGGAGGACAGAUCUGGAAGCAAGCCCUGGAAGAAACUGAAGACAGCUCUGAAGUACUCGCCCUUCGUGGUGUCCUUCCGUAAGCACCACUACCCCUGGGUCCAGCUCUCCGGACAUGCUGGGAACUUCCAAGCUGGUGAGGAUGGUCGGAUUCUGAAGCGUUUCUGUCAGUGUGAGCAGCGCAGCUUGGAACAGCUCAUGGGAGACCCCCUGCAGCCUUUUGUGCCUGCUUAUUACGGCAUGGUGCAUCGGGAUGGCCAGGCCUUCAACCAGAUGGAAGAUCUCCUGGCUGACUUUGAGGGCCCCUCUAUCAUGGACUGCAAGAUGGGCAGCAGGACCUACCUGGAAGAGGAGCUGGUGAAGGCCCGAGAACGGCCCAGGCCCCGGAAAGAUAUGUAUGAGAAGAUGGUGGCAGUGGACCCUGGGGCCCCCACUCCUGAGGAGCGUGCUCAGGGCGCGGUCACCAAGCCCCGAUAUAUGCAAUGGAGGGAGACCCUGAGCUCAACUUCCACCCUAGGCUUCCGGAUAGAAGGCAUCAAGAAGGCCGAUGGGACCUGCAAUACCAACUUCAAGAAGACACAAGCCCUGGAGCAGGUGACAAAGGUGUUGGAAGACUUUGUAGAUGGGGACCUUGGAAUCGUGAGAAAGUACGUGGCGCGACUGGAGGACCUCCGCGAGGCUCUGGAAAACUCUCCCUUCUUCAAGACCCAUGAGGUAGUGGGCAGUUCUCUUCUCUUUGUGCAUGACCACACCGGCCUGGCCAAGGUCUGGAUGAUUGACUUCGGCAAGACAGUGGCCCUGCCUGACCACCAAACGCUCAGUCACAGGCUGCCUUGGGCCGAGGGCAACCGUGAGGAUGGCUACCUCUGGGGUCUGGACAAUUUGAUCUGCCUCCUUCAGGGGCUGGCCCAGAGCUGAUCUCAUCUGCUGCUGCUAGACUCACUUGCAAGAUAUAGCAUGUGUCUGGCUGGAGGAGCCCUAAGAUGUCGUCGGGCCUGAGGCUGCUGAUGGAAGAUGAGGUACUUCAAGGUAUCACCAGACCAGUGUGGUCUGAGGAGCUUUGGGGGACCUGGCAGCAUUGGGCUCCCUUUGAUGUGGGGAACAGGAUAGAUGGAGUUAUAGUUAGCAGAACAUGAAUAGGGCAUCCUGAUCAGCUGGGAAAGCUAAGGGAGUACCGGAGCCACAGCUGGAAGAGUCAAGAACCCCUCCUUAAGCUGGCUUUCUGAGCCCAGAGCUUCAGCAGGUUGACUUCUGUUCCCCAGAGGAUCGGGCAUCAUUUGUGAAGACCUGCUGGAGCUUCUUGUCCUCCUGGGGCAGUGACAGCCCUUUCUGGAGGCCAUCCAACUGCUGAGAGGAGGGUGUGAUGACAUGGGACACCUUCUGAUGCUACUGUGAGGGCGCACAGCUUACCCUCCUCCCUGCCAAGGCCUGGAAGGAACCUCUUUGUUCCUUUGUGGACUCUUGAAGCUGCUGCAGAGCCAGACCACAGCCACAUCCACCUGUGCCAGCACUGUGACCAUCUUCCUUCCUUGGUGCACCAGCACCAGCCUCAGGACUUCCUCCUGCCCUUGACCCCGGGCUCUCCUGUCUUAGUCCAGUGACAGGAAGGCGUUUCCGAAGCAGGGGAGCAGGUUUCUCCUUGGGAACUAGAGCUGCCUUGCUUCACUGUAUAAGUGCCCCUACCCGCACACUGAAUGAACUGCCAGGUUGCCCAGAAGCACAAGUGGGUGGGACUUCUGACCCGAACCAAGGACUAACCUGGUUCUAACCAAAGACUCUAGAACUCUGGAAUGGGGCAGAAACCACUGUCUAGCACCGCUCUAGCACCGCUCCAGAACCUUGGCUUCCUGGCCCACACAGAUGGGCUUGGUGAGGACAGGAACCUACCUCUUCCCUAAGCCCUAAUGUCUUCCAGGGCUGACACGUCUUCCUUUUCUACUGACUGACUUUAUAUGUAUUUAUAUAUGAGGUAGUUAGCUGGGGUGGUGUCAGGGAAUCGAGGCGAAAUGGCUUUAUUGUGCCUCCUGCCCAUGGUGGCACCCCAAUAAACAGGAUAAAGUCAA